AUGUCGGACAGCGAAGACGAUUUUGACAUUACCAAGUCUCUAGCCUUGAAUGGUGACGAGUCGGAUUACGAGUCUGCCUCGGACACAGACUCGGAUCUGGAUCAAGCUGGGGAUCUCCAGGACGAAAUUCUGUCUUCUUCUGAUGAAGAGGAUAUGGAAGAGGUCGUCGAUACUAAGAAAGUUGGUCGACAAGUUGCUACUGGUGCUAAUGCCUCGUUUCCAUCUUUAGAAUUAGACAGUGAUGACGACGAUGAAGAAGACGGCAAUGGUAAUAAGAACCAGUCGUCUACAAAGCGCAAGAAGGACGAUGAUUUGAUGGAAUAUUUCGCAGCUCCUAAAGUUAAGAAAGCAUCUACUGGUACUUUUGCCGGUCUUGGUUUGUCCAAGGGUCUGUUGAAUAAUAUUGCCAGAAAAGGUUUUAAAACACCCACUCCUAUUCAGCGAAAGACCAUUCCUUUGGUCCUUGAUGGUAGAGAUGUGGUCGGUAUGGCUAGAACCGGUAGUGGUAAGACUGCCGCUUUCUGUCUGCCCAUGAUUGAAAAGUUAAAAGUGCAUUCUGCUAAAGUUGGUGCUCGUGCUGUUAUUAUGUCUCCCAGUAGAGAAUUAGCGUUACAGACUUUAAAGGUGAUCAAGGAGUUCUCAAAAGGAACCGAUUUGAGAUGUGUCUUGUUGGUAGGUGGUGACAGUUUGGAAGAACAGUUUGGAUAUAUGAUGAGCAAUCCUGAUAUUAUUAUUGCUACUCCUGGUAGAUUUAUGCAUUUGAAGGUGGAAAUGCAGCUGGAUUUAAAGUCAGUGGAGUAUAUUGUGUUUGAUGAAGCAGACAGACUUUUCGAAUUGGGUUUCUCUGAGCAGCUGAAUGAGAUUAUCGCUUCUCUGUCAUCUUCAAGACAAACUCUGCUGUUUUCUGCUACUUUGCCUAAAUCUUUGGUAGAGUUUGCCAAAGCUGGUUUGCACGAUCCAGUGUUGGUGAGAUUGGAUGCCGAAGCUAAGGUUUCUGACGACCUUGAAAUGGCAUUCUUUUCUACCAAGGAUGGUGAGAGAGAAGCUGUUCUUCUGUCGGUGUUGGAAACUAUUAUCAAAAUGCCAUCUGCUACUGAAGAACAAAAGAAGUACUUGGAGAACCAAAAUAAUAGAGCAUUAACUGACGAUGAGGACGACGAAAACAAUAAAAAAGACGACAAAAAGAGUAAAUACAAGAAAAAGUUCAAGCAUUCAGUCAAACGUGAUAGACUUCCUCCUGCACACGAGCUGCCUACUGCCGAGUCGACUAUUGUAUUUGUGCCCACUAAACAUCAUGUCGAAUACAUUAGCACUCUGUUGCAGUCACUUGGCUAUGCAGUGUCUUUUAUUUAUGGUACACUUGAUCAGUCUGCCAGAAAAGAACAACUUUAUAGAUUCCGAGCUGGUAAAACCAGUAUUCUCGUGGUCACCGACGUCGCUGCCAGAGGUAUUGAUAUUCCUGUGCUAGCCAACGUCAUUAACUACAGUCUUCCAUCGAGUCCUAAAGUGUUUGUACACAGAGUCGGACGUACUGCCCGUGCUGGACGUCGUGGUUGGGCCUAUUCCAUUAUCAAAGAGGCCGAGGUUCCAUAUCUACUUGACCUAGAAGUGUUUUUAGGAAGAAAGCUGCUGUUAUCACGAGAUGGCCAUGCUCACAAAAAGGUCAACUACAGUGAGAGACUUGUACUAGGAUCCAUGUCGCGAGAUGCAGUUGAAUUACAACAAGAAGAAGUUGAAGCCCAGCUGAGCAGAGACUAUGAUCUUGCUCAAUUGAAAUCAGUUGCUUCUCGUGGUGAACAGCUGUACUUGAAAUCCCGCGAGCCUGCCUCGCAAGAAAGUGUCAAACGUGGUAAAGAAAUCGUUUCCAGUGGCUGGGAUUUCCGUCAUUUACUACUAGGACCAUCACUUGAAACCGAACGACAAAAAUUCCUUGAUAAGCUGGCUAAUAGAAAAGUCAAGGAAACAGUGUUUGAGUUCAAGAAGACCAAGUUUGCCGAAGCAGCUGAACUCAUGGCCAGAAGAAGACAACAAAUCGCACCAAUUCAAAUGAGAGCUGCUGAAAAGAAACGCAUGCAAGAAAACGAGCGUGCUGCUGGUCUUAAUAAAGGAAUCGAUGUUGAACUUGGUCUUGAUGAGGACAGUGAUGACGAAGACAACGACAACGACAACGAAGACAAUGACGACAGUCACAAAACCAACGGUGCAACUAAUGGCAAAAGCAAAACCACAGCCGACCUGUCAACAGCAUCCGAACACGAUAUUCAAAACACAUUUGAAGACAGCAGCAAGAAAAGAAAGCGAGAGACGUUCCGUGAUCCUAAUUUCUACAUGUCGCAUUAUGCAUCCAUUGAAGCAGUUCAAGAACGAGGAUACUCAGUGGGUAACGGUAAAACAAGCGCAAAUUUUGCAGACGCAGCUCGUGGAGCUACAUUCGAUAUUUCUGGUGAAGGAGUCGAGUUCCAGCAGAAACACGGCAUGCGCUGGGACAAGAAGCGCGGCAAGUUCGUCAAUGCCGGCAGUGAAGGCGGUAAAAACGGGCAAUCCACGAAGUUCAUUCGAAGUGAGAGUGGGCAAAAGAUCCCUGCCUCGUUCCGAAGUGGACGAUUCGACAGCUGGAAGAGUGCACACAAGGUCGGUGGAUUACGAGUGGGAGCACUUGAAGCCAACCUCUCGAACCCCAACAGCGGUCCUAGAGGCGGAUCCGGCGACAAAAAGUUCCGUCACUCACAAGUACAAGCACCCAAAGCUGCCGACAAAGCUCGUGACGACUACCACGUCCGUAAAAAGCGGGUCAAAGAAGCUGUCGAAAAGGGACUUCACGUCAAAGGAGUCCGCGGCAAACCCAUCUCCAACGGACUCAACUCGGUCGACCAGGUCCGCAAACAGCGUGAACUGCAACAAAAACGUCGCGAAAAGAACGCCCGACCCAGCAAAAAGUCUAAACGACACUAA